UCAUGGAGGUGUCCUCUCACAGCCUCUUCCUGCUGCAGCAGCUCAACGUUCAGAGAGAGUUCGGCUUCCUGUGUGACUGCACCGUCGCAAUCGGUAACGUGUACUUUAAAGCCCACCGAGCCGUCCUUGCCGCCUUCUCCAACUACUUCAAGAUGAUCUUCAUCCACCAGUCCAGGUCAUGUAUAAAGAUCCAGCCCACAGACAUCCAGCCGGACGUCUUCAGCUACCUGCUCCACAUCAUGUACACGGGGAUGUGUCCCAAACAGCCGGUGGAUCAGAGCCGUCUGCAGGAAGGCAUCAAGUUCCUCCACGCCUACCAGCUGUGCCGCAAACCCGGCGAGGGCGCCGCCGACGCCGCCACCGACGUGGUCCGCAUGUCCAACCUCUACGGCAUCCAGAUCUCCUCCCAGCUGGCCAACAAGGAGGCUUCCGGAGUCCCCAAGUCCACCACGGUGUCGUGCGGCGCCCCCGAUGACGGACGCUCCUCUGGCCGGGGGGGGAGGUCCCACUCCCAGCUGUCCCUCGCCGUUGGACUGGAGGGAGUCCCGUCAGACCGCCAGGCCUCGGCACUACGCAACGUCUGCUCUGUGGCGUCCGGAGACGACUCCGACAUCUCAACCCGCAUCAAGCAGGAGCGGUUGGAGGAGGAGGAGGACGGCGAGGAGGGGCAGGGGGCAGAGUCUCCGUCUCCAGCUCAGGGUAGCAGUCCCAGUCAGAGCCUCCUGUUCAAAGACCGGCCCCUGGUCCUGCUGUGUCCUCGCUGUGGCGAGCGCUGCUCCUCCCCCGAGGGUCUGCGUGAGCACCUGUUNNCCUGUUCAGACGCCCUCGACCCCGCCCGUCUGAUGGAGGGACUGUCGCAGGGCAGCGAGCUGGACGCCGGCGUGGAGGAGGGGCCGCCGGGGGGCCAGGAGCAACUGGACGCGGGCUGCCUGGAGGAGGCGCUGAGGCAGAGCCAGGCGCUCGCCAACCAGCUGGCUGCAGAGCUGAGGAGGAGCCGGGGGGGAGGAGCUGGGGGGGGAGGAGGCGGGAGCAGCCCCACCCCCGCCGCCAUCUUGCACUCACGUAAACGUAAGAUCGCCUGCGCUGUCUGCAGCCUGCGAUUCUCCCAUAAGAGCCAGCUGCAGGAGCACAUGUACACCCACACUGGCAAACCGUCCCGCUACCACCGCUACAACCGCCUCUGCAGCCAGCUCUUCCAGGCCUCCGCCCACUUCUGCGAGGGCGCCGCGGAGCCCGGGGGAGGGGGCGGGGCCUCGGCUGGCACCACGGCACUCUCUGAGGAGGCCAACAGGGACACUCAGGACAACGGCAGCUCCUGCUACUCCCUGGACUCUGAGAUCUCCCAGGAGAGCGUGGACGGCGUGCCCGUGGAGUGAUGUCAUCAGGUGUUUGGCCACAAGGGGGCGGGACUGAACGCACAGGUGGUUCUGUGUGGAACCAGGACUGGACUCUGAGGCCUCUGCUGCUGUCUGAUGGUCCUGGACCUGAUUCAUUGAUCAAUUCAUUGACAGAAUAUUUGUUUUCUUCUGCGAUCAAAAAAAGUUUGAACAUGAUUAAUCAAUAAAUCAGAAACUAAUCAGCUUAUUGAUCCGUAAUGAGAAUAAUCGUUAGCUUCAGUUCUGUCCUGCUGAUCGUUUUCAUUUCAUCGGUCUGUGUUUGUUUCUGACUGCGUUGUUCAAUCCUGAUCUUCCACGCUCACCAGCGGACAGUGAACCGUGGUCGUGUGUUCAGCAGCAGUGCCUUCGUGUCGUCUCCACCCUGAAAUCAGAGCUUCGUGACAAUCUGAGUAAAAGGUUUGUUCCUGUUUUAGAACCCAGAAGAACCUUCAGACGUUGUUAAAUCAACUGAAGCUUCGUUAGACUUCCAGACACUUUGUUUUUCUCUGAGCUGAUAAUAAAAAAUGUAAUAAAGGAUCAUAACUCUGUUUUUGAUCGUUCUGCAGUUUACGUCAUUUUCACCAACGGUUCGAUUCCAAACAGUGUCACACUGACUUCUGUCUGUUUAUGUGCUGAGCCACGCCCCCUCUGAAGCUCAUUGGUCAGUAUGUUGAACACUAAAUAAGAGAUCAAUAAGCUUUAUGCAACUAUUGAUCAGCUCUGUCCGAUGAUGAUCCACAGAAGGUUUGGUAGCAGUCGGACCGACGGUUCAGCCAACAGCCGGAGCACGUUGAGCCGGGCGCCGUGUGAGGGGGCGCAGCCUUUACAAUACUGUAUUUUUGGGAUUAACAGCGCCACCAUCUGGCCGAUUGGACUCAUCAGUUCCUGUUAUUGGACUUUAAUUCCAGCUCACAGCAAUGUGAUAAACAAACACAUUAAAAUGUUUACAAUACAUGUAAAUAAAUAAAUAACAACCAUCCUGAAUAACGCCGGUCUGCAACCUGCUGGUCUGGUCACACGUUAAACAUUUACAGUUUUUAUUUUUGAUAUUUCUGACUUUAUAAACAAUCUGACAUAAUCAAUAUUAAAAUGAACUGCUGAUCACAGGAUGUGACUUUAUUUUGAAAGGGUUGGAUUAAAAGCAGUGUUAUGGUCCUCUAUUCUCUCUAUUGAUUAUUGAUUGGUGAAUGUCUUCAUUCUGUGUUUCACUGUAAAAAAAAAUCCGAACAGGAAGUUUUGUGUUUACAUGUUUUGUACAUAAACGUCUGUUUUUCAUUGAU